AUGUCUGAACGAAAAGUUUUAAACAAAUAUUAUCCACCAGAUUUUGAUCCAUCGAAAUUACCUCGUGCUAAACGUUCAAAAAAUCGUCAAUGUACCAUUCGUUUAAUGGGAUCAUGUAAUAUGCGAUGUGAAACGUGUGGUGAAUACAUUUAUAAAGGUAAAAAAUUCAAUGCUCGAAAAGAAGAUGUCAUGGGUGAAACUUAUUUGGGUAUUCAAACCUAUCGUUUUUAUAUUAAAUGCACGAAAUGUUUACGUGAAAUAACAUUUAAAACUGAUCCGGCUAAUGGUGAUUAUGAAUUAGAACAUGGCGGAAUACGAAAUUUUGAAUCAAUUCGCCUUGCUGAAAAACAAGCAAAAGAAGAAGCGGCAAAAGAAGCUGAAGAAAAAGCUCUAAAUCCUAUGAAGUUAUUAGAAAUUCGAACACGUGAUUCUCGACAAGAAAUGGCUGCUAUUGAAGCACUUGAAGAUAUAAUAGAAUUAAAUGCACGUCAUGCCGAUAUUAAAAUUGAACAAAUGUUAACUCAAAAACGCGAACAAGAAAAACAAUAUGAAAUAUUUAAAAAACAAGUUGAAGAAAAAGAAGAUGAAGCUGAAAUUCGAAAAAUAUUUGGUAAACCAAUGGCUGAAAUUGGCCAUGAUGAUAUUGAAAGUGAAGAAAUUAUUGAAAAACAUGAAGAAAUAGUCCCAUUAGCAAUCAAUACUAUAAAACCAAAAACAAUGAUUUCAUUUGCUCAAACAAUUAAUGCUAAAAAACAACAACCAACAAAAAAUGCAUUAGGUGUGAUAAUCAAGAAGAAAUCAACAACAAACAAUGAUUCUGCUUCAAAAUCUUCCACUGGUUUUUCUUCACUAGUUGCUGCUUACGAUGACAAUGAUGACAGUGCUUAA